CACCACUCUGCUUUGAGCGUGCAGUUGGUGACAGUCGCGUUUUGUUUUGGUGUUGCUUUUUGAAUGACAAGUCAUUUCUCGGGACCUCUUUCUUCUGCAAAAUAGUGAAUUUUGUUGAAAAACUUUAACAAUACUUACGCUAGUAAACUGCUAUUACGUGUAGAAAUCGUGUCUGCCAAGUGCCACCAGAAUGCCGUUCGUCUACCUUGGUGUCCAUCUGCCGUUCCGAUCCUACCAGAAGAUCAAGGUGGACAACUUUGAUUUGGACAGCAAAACGGGUCAACUGCGCGAAGAGGCCAGCAAAGCAAUUAGCGAUUUCAGCAGCGAUGAGUUUGAUUUGAUUUACUGCGGAGAUCUGCUGCAGGACGACGAUGUUUUGAAAGACAAAGGCGUGGAGAAUGGUUCUAUGAUUCAUCUCAUUCAGAAAAAGUCCGAAUCUCCAAUACCUCAGGAAAUUCACAGCUUCACCGAAGCGGAUGUUCAGGAAACGUUGGGACUGUGGCGAACGGUAGACUCAUCUAACUUUCAAAAAGUUCGUCACCCAGAAUUCAUGAAGAAUGCACUCGAUGCCAACCCUGCGAUUCGGAAGGAUCUGUGGGCUUUGUCCAUUCUGAAGGAUCCCAUUCUUUUGUCGUCAAUGCAACAACCAGAGACCAUCCGGCGUGUAGCCGAGAAGCACUAUAUCUUAAUCGAAGCGUCGCGCUCCAUUGUACAGCUACUCAAUUCGAAAAUGAUUUCGAAAUCCACGACCUUUUCUCCAACCAUUGAAAGCGCCCUAGACGAUGCCCUGUCGGAUUCUUCAUCCAGUGAUGAUAAUACAUCGCCAACGACUUCGGCCGGGACUCGUUCCGCCCGGCGUAUCACUGCUGACCAGUUGGCUUCCGCGCUGGCCAUCGCUGGGUCGUCAUCGUACAACUCUCUUUCGAAUAUUUCCCAGAGGGACGCUGACAAUCGUGAGAGUACCACUGACCAAGCGAAUCAACCUUCCACUUCUAGCAGUGCUCCGGCAUCGAAUCGCAUCACAUCGUCUAUGUUCAUGAGUGCCCUGUCGGACGUUAUUCAAUCCCAUAGACGCCAAUCCAGCGCCAAUGCAAACGAGCCGGAACCCAUGGACACAUCAUCUCCGUCAACCGGUGGCACUUCGAACAUUGUGGACCAUGAUGUUGGUGCACAGACCCAAUCGCAGCAUUCAACGCUAGAAGCCAGCCUCAGUAAGUACCGGGCUGAGUUGGAUCAGAUGAGAGAAAUGGGCUUGACGGAUACGGAAACGAACCUACAGGCGUUGAUUGUGUGCAAUGGUAAUGUAGAAGCCGCCGUAAAUCUGGUAUUUAGCGGAAUGGCGAAUUAAAUUUUAAACAAAUAUUUUUGUAAUAUGCUAAUGGCAUAGUUUGCCGUAAUAAAACUUACUCCUACUCUUUAAUAUGCAA